AUGGCUUCCAUGACAAAUGUUUUAAAGAAUUUGAGCAUUGGGAACUCUAAAAAUAUGCAAGCAGCUGCUGCCAUUCAAAGUGAAGACGUCUCAUGUGUAUUUUGUGGAGAAGGGCAUGUGUUUGAGAAGUGUCCCUCUAAUCCGGAGUCCGUUUGUUACAUGGGAAAUCAGAAUUUUAAUAUAAACAAUGGGGCAUUCUCAAACUCUUACAAUCAAGCAUGGAAGAAUCAUCCUAAUUUGUCUUGGGGGGGUGGUCAAGGAGCAAGCUCAAGCACCGCACCAGCCCAAGGAAGACAAGCAUAUCCACCGGGUUUUUCACAACAACUGCGACAUUCACAACAUGCUCAAAAUUCCCAACCGAGUUCUUUGGAGAGUCUAAUGCGGGAUUAUAUGGCCAAAAAUGAUGCGGUGAUACAAAGUCAAGCUGCCUCUCUUCGAAACUUAGAGUUGCAACUUGGACAUUUGGCCAAUGAAUUAAAAGCUAGGCCGCAAGGUUCUUUGCCUAGUGACACGGAAAAUCCAAGGAGGGAUGGGAAGGAACAAUGCAAAUCCAUUCACUUGAGGAGUGGCAAGCAUCUGAAAAAUUCUGAGGAGGAAAUAAAGGGUAGUGGGGAGCCCACUUCAAUCCAAAUCAACGAAAAAUUGAGUAAAAAAACUGCCCAGGAAUUUGCUGAUACCAGACUAGUUGAUACAAAGAAAGGGUCGCAACCUCGAUGCCGCAAUCUGCACCAAUUUCAGAAACAACAACAAGAUGGGCAAUUCAAGAAGUUUUUAGAUGUGUUGAAGCAGCUCCAUAUCAAUAUUCCUUUGGUGGAAGCAUUGGAGAAAAUGCCGAAUUAUGUCAAGUUCUUAAAAGAUAUUUUGACAAAGAAAAGGAGGUUGGGGGAGUUUGAAACUGUACCUCUUACCGAAGGAUGCAGCGCCAUGUUGAAAACACGUCCUACAACUGUUACAUUGCAACUUGCUGACAGGUCCAUGGCCCAUCUGGAAGGAAAAAUAGAGUAUGUUCUAGUACAGAUUGACAAGUUCAUUUUUCCAGCUGAUUUCAUCAUCAUAGACCAUGAAGCUGAUAGAGAUGUGCCUAUUAUCUUGGGUCGGCCAUUCCUUGCUACCGGAAGAACUCUGAUUGAUGUGCAAAAUGGGGAGCUCACAAUGAGGGUGAAUGACCAAAAAGUCACCUUUAAUGUGUUCAAUGCUAUGAGGUUUCCGGAUGAGAUAGAAGAAUGUUCCCGCAUAAGUGUAAUUGACUCUAUUGUGGCUGAAAGAUUUCACAAGGAAGCUUGGAAGGAUGAGAAGUUUAUAAGUUCUUUUGAUGAGCUUGAAGACUUGAGUGAAGAUGAAGACAACCAAGUUGCUUGGGGUGGAGCCAUUGCAACCUAUCCCUAA